AAGACAUUAAUUACUAUUCUAAAGUUUGAUCAUUUGAUUCUCUGCUCUGCAAUUAUUUAGCUAAAGAAAAAGAUAGCGUUCUGGAGUAUGUUUCUGAAUUUUGUGGUUCUCACUUGUUUUUAAGAAUUGGCUCAUAGGAUGUAAGGCUAUUGGUGUUCUUCUUGGUCUGUACACAAAAAUGCAUUGUCAACCUCCCCUCUCUUGCUCGAAUUCCUCCCAAACAUUAUAAAUUUGCCCGAUUCCAAAUCGAGCAAAUGCCCUAUUGAAUCCUCCCCUCUUUCCUUCUUCGACGUUAUCAUGAGUUUUCAAGAUUUUCUGUUGCACUUUACAGUUUUAAUUAUGCAUACUUUAAGAAAACGGUCCGGGGAUUUGAAGUCUAAUUUCAAUUUGGUCUACAAAUUUUGCAUGAUAAAAUUAUUAAAAAUAUGACAUGGGAUAAAAUAUUUACGUUUCAAAAAAAAAAAGAAAUUUUUAAUCUUUUAGUGAUUUUGUUAAAUGUAAAUAAUUUGUCAAAAUUUUCUAUUUUUAAAAAAACCCUCGAAUAAUAUUCUAUUAAAAUUAAUUUUCAAUUUUCAAUUCAUAAUUAUUUUAAAUUAAAUAAUAAAUAGUAAUGUCAAAAUUAAAACUAAGCUUUUAUUGAAAAUCUUGAAAGGCAAAAAUUGUAAUAGUUAGAAACUCAAACUAAUGAUAAGGAUAAUAAUAAUAAAAAAGAAAAAUUAUAAAAAAGUAGAAUAUUUGAUAAAAUAUAAAAUUAUAAAAAAUAGAAUAUUUGACAAAAAAUAUUUACAUUUCGUAAAUCAAUUUUGUUGUAAAUAAUUUAUCCAAUUUUCUAUUUUUGAAAAAAAUCCCAAAGUAUUUUUUUUCUUAUAUUUGAUAAGUAAAUAAAAUAAAUCACUCCAGUUACCAAAUUAAUGUUCAAUUCGCUAUGAAACAAUAAUUAAAUGUAUAUAAAAAAAACCAACAAAUCAUGCAGCCAUAAAUCCUCCCAAUCUUCCAAAUACGCCGACCAUCUUCUUCCCCUUUCCUUUCUUAUUCUGUAGCCUUAAUCUUAUUCUUAGCCCAAACACCUCAACCUUAUCCAACCAAAAUCAUCCCAAAAUCUCCACAAAAGCCCAAGUCUUAACAACUCCCACGCCUUUGUUACACACACACACACACACACACACAUAUAUAUAUAUGGAUCUAUGGUCCAUCAUCUUUCACUCACUUUCUCCCUAUCCUUCUCAUGGAGUCCCAUUCCUUAAUCAUUGCUUUCACCACUUUCCUUGCACUCUCCCUGAUUCCUUGUCCUUCCCUCGCCAAACACCCUUGUAAUUUUCCGGCGGUGUUCAACUUCGGCGACUCCAACUCCGACACUGGUGGCUUAUCUGCUGUCUUUGGUCAAGCGCCACCGCCCAAUGGCAGAUCCUAUUUCCCUGGCCCUGCCGGCCGCUACUCCGAUGGCCGCCUUAUUGUCGAUUUCAUAGCGGAAAGCCUUGGGUUGCCAUAUUUAAGCGCAUAUCUUGAUGCAUUGGGAGCGAAUUUCAGUCACGGAGCAAAUUUCGCGACAGCAGGUUCAACCAUUAGACUCCAAAACAGAACUCUUCAGCAGAGUGGAUUCAGCCCUAUCUCUCUUAAUGUUCAGUACAACGAAUUCUAUGACUUCCGACGUAGAUCUCAAACUCUUCGAAAUGGACUGGGUGGAAUCUUUAAGCAAUUAUUGCCAAAGGAAGAGAGUUUUAGUCGGGCCCUUUACACAUUCGAUAUUGGGCAAAACGAUUUGACGAGUGGUUAUUUUGCGAACAUGAGUCUCCACCAAGUUAAACUCUAUAUUCCUGAUGUUCUCCAACAAUUCUCCGAAAUCGUCAAGUGGGUGCAUAGUCAAGGAGGAAGAUUCUUCUGGAUCCAUAACACGGGGCCGGUGGGGUGCCUUCCAUAUGUACUGGACCGCGAGCCCGUUCCAGCGUCGGACUACGACCAAUAUGGGUGCGCCACUCCUUUCAAUGACUUGGCUCAAUAUUUCAACCGUGGCCUCAAACAAGCCGUCAUGGAACUUCGCAAAGCUUUGCCCGACUCUGCCAUUACUUAUGUUGAUGUCUACUCUCUCAAAUACGCUCUCGUUUCCCAACACAAGAAAUACGGGUUUGAGUAUCCAUUGAGAACAUGCUGUGGACAUGGUGGAAAGUACAACUUCAAUGUGAAGCUUGGUUGUGGAGGAAAGAAAACGAUAAAUGGGAAAGAAGUUUUGAUUGGAAAAUCAUGCAAAAACCCAGAGGUUUAUGUGAAUUGGGAUGGUGUUCAUUACACUCAAGCAGCUAACAAAUGGAUCUUCAAUCAAAUUAAAGAUGGUUCUUAUUCAGAUCCACCUAUCCCUUUGAACAAGGCUUGUCACAAAACUUUAUCUUAAAAAUUCAUAUUUAAUCUACUCUAUUAACUAUUACUACCCACCUAUGCUCCCCUUUCUUUUCCUCGUCUGAAUUUUUGUGGUUGGUACCAUAAUUGUAUCAAAAUCAUCUAAAGCCUAUCUUGACCCUUUCGUUAUAAAGGGGAAGAAGUUUCAGGAGAUUUGAAAUACCAACUUCGAAGAAA